AUGGUCAAAGCCAUACCAGCAACUCAGUUGCACAACCCUGAUAUAAAAAAUUCCCCAAAUCAUCAGUUGCACUCCACAAAUGAUAACAAAUCUGAUUCUGAUAAUGUCGUGGUUGACGUAUUUCACUGGUCUCGUUGUAAGAAGAUUUUACCCCAGAGAUUGAUGCGCAAAGUUGGCACCCCCCUGCCUCUUGAAUAUGUGGAGGUUCUAGUAGAAAAUAUAGACUGGGAAGAUGUACAAUGGUCUCAAACUGGUGUGUGGAUUGCAGGAAAGGAAUAUGCCCUUGCUAGGGUGCAUUUCAUGUCAAUGAAUUAG